GGCACGGUUCCUCGAAAAAUAAUUUGCCAAAGGCUGUUGUUUUGAGCGAGGAUGCCACCAAAAUAAACGGACAAAUUGAGUAUGACCAUGCAAAAGCGCGAAUAUGUGGCCUCGUAGCUCCGUUCAAUGCUAACGGAAUGCCAGAGAGCAAUAUUUUCAGAACAACCAACCCAGUACAAGUCCUAAACAAUAUAAACAACUAUCCGGUGGGCCGUAACGUCUACGUUUGCAUGGCGCAGCCAUUGGAAGCAGGGUCACCGUCGUUCUGUUUGCAGUAUUUUUGCAGCGAUAACAAAUUUACUGCAAAGCAAGUAACCACAAGAUGGAAGCAUUACAGAGAGGUUAUGGACAAAGAAGGAAUUAUAAUUGUCGGACAUGCCAGUGACGGAGAUCCUCGACCAAUCGGAUCCAUGCUUGAUGGUAUGGAGAUGCCGAGCAGUUCUAAUUCAACAUAUGGAGAUGACUAUUGCGCAACGGCGCUCCCCGAACGCGUUUACAUGCAGGAUUACACCCACGGCGUAAAUAAGCUGAAAGUGAAAAUCUUAAAGAAAGAUGUUGAGUUGCUUUUAGGAAAAUUUAAAAUAUCACGACUCCAUCUUGAGACACUCCUUGCAAAUGUUCAUAAGAGUGUGCACGGACUUUCUCCAGCGGACCUGAAUGACGGGGACAAGAUGAAGUUCCAGCCUGCUCUGCGUAUGUCGAAACAAUGCGUUAUCGAUGCGCUGAGAGCACACGUCCCCGAAAGCAACGCAACAGCCUUGUAUCUCACUAUGAUGAAGGAUAUUGUGGACACAUUUAUUACCAGAACAGAACUCUGUCCAGUCCAAAACGUGUUCAAAAUUUGGCACGUACUAUUCAUCUUGCGGGCUUGGCGGAACAUGUGCAUGAGAAAAUACAACGGUAUAAAAAAUACCAUCACGACAAAUACAUACUGGAGCGUUGAGCUGAUGGCCCAUAGCUUGAUCAACUAUAUUGCUCAAUGCCGCGAAAAAGGUUUACCGUAUCUACCGGAGUUGAUCCAGAGCCAAACGUGCGAGAGCUUCUUUCGAUCAGCGAGAUCAUUAUCUACUACGGAGUCAACGGUGAUCAACUUCACAAUGAAAGGCUUUGAGUCCAAAAUUAAUUUGAUUCAAGCAAAGACGGAAAUCGCCCACGACGCAUCCAACGGGUUUGUUUUCCCCGUGUAG